AUGACUUUCGGUAUUGUCGAAGUUUGUACAUGGCUACUGAAUAAUGUACUUUGGAUCGCCAAAUUUGCUGUCAUUGGAUGGUUGAUUAUCAAUUCAUUCCUCUAUUUUUUCACGGGGAUAUAUGUGUUGGGAUUUAACCCACUCACAUUAAAGUUGCAAAGAAUUAGAAUUAAAGACAAGCUUUGGAUUAAGUCUAUUAGGUAUGACGCUUUUAAACACCAAUUAAUUAUAGAUACUGUGGAAUGGAUAGGUAAAGUUCAAUCGAAAGAUGGCGAUACUGACGAUAAAACAAAUGAUUCGCAACAGUUACACGGUCCAUCGGAAGAAGACCUGAAGGACGAAACUUGUAAAUUACUAUCGAGGACUUUGACGAGAUAUUUACCGUUUAUGUCCAAAUGGCUUGACAGGGUAAAGAUUUUAAUCGAUGGGAUUAAAAUUGGUGACAUUUUCAUCAACUUUACCUUGAUAAAGAUAUUCUCCGAGGGCAAUGAGUUCGCGUUUGAAGUGAACCUUCAAAGUGUCAUGUUAAAGGAGAAGCAGAUGGUCGCAAACACAAUUUUCAAGUCAGAUGCCAUGAUGGAUUUAGAGAGACCUUUCCCACUUAACGACAUUAAUAUCAAUUUGAAGAUGAGAGAGAUGACCGUACCGGUAAGUUCCUUCAUCAUAGCCGUGUAUCAGUUAAGGCAUGGGAAAAUACCAGACCAAUUGGACAAAGUUAAAAAAGAUCCAUUGUAUGAAGGACUGCCACCAAUAAAAUCACCAGAAAGCACAAUACACGACGAAGAAUUUCCUAGUGAAUGGAACAUUGAGCAGGUAAUGGAAAAGUUUCAGAAGAAGUUUGAAAGGUUUUAUGACAUAUCCUCUUCAUUUGAAAAAAUUGAGAUCCAUUUUGAUUCACCUUUAUUUACUGAAAUUCCAUUCAAAUCAAAUCUGGAACUAAUUCAAAAAACUGAGGCCAUACAGUUUGAAGUUACUACUACUGGUAUAGCAUUGUCUUUAUCGAGGUCCGCAUUCUCUGAACCAGGUAACAAAUUACUGUUCGAUAUAGAUGAACGCCCAGUAAAAAUAUCUACGUUCAUCACCCAAUUGAAAUUGAGCAUAAUUACCCAAAAGGAUGGUUCGAAGAAUAGAUUAGAAAAUAGGAUAUGCGAAAUACCAAGCAUAUCGUUUUACGGUGAUUCAAAUCUAUUUUGUACAAGGUCCUUUGGGCCGGACGACUCAAAAGUGUUUGCCAAUACUAUUCUUAAAUUGUUCGGACAUGUUACAUCUCCUAUAUUUGACAUCGACAUCGAAAACCUCUCAUUACUAAUUUCAGUUGAAAGGAAUCUAAAAGUUUUGGAAGAUUUGAUAUCAGAUAACCCCAUAAAGGAACCAUUAGACCUAAACCAAAUAUACAACAAGAUUACCAGAAAGGGUAAGUUUUUGGAGUACUUCCAAAACUAUCUACCCCAUACAGAGCUUAAAUUUACCAUCGAAGACCCUAUUAUCAUUGUAUCAAAUCAGUUGGAUUCACUAAUUCACAAAUUUUCAAUGAUAUCGUUCAAAAUAAAAUCAGAUAGAUUAUACAUCAAAGCUGAAGAAAAGCUUUUUUAUUCUUUAGACACUCAUCUGGAAAUUUCAGAGUGGUUGUUUUAUCAUCAAAACAAAAAUAAACUGCUCAAAAACGCUAUAUUUUCUGUCGAUAGCACUAUAUUCAGGUUCAAUACUCGUAUUUUGCCAUCAUUACUAUUGUCGUCUAUCGUGGAAAUAAAUACAGUUCGCCUGGACCUCACGAACUUGGAAACUUUGGUGGUAAUUAACAACACCAUUCGCCAAAGAACAAUGAAGCUGUUGUAUGUCGAAGGAAAAUACUUCAAAGAUAUCUUUCAUCAUCUUGAAUCGAGGCUGAUGGCUAAAGUUGAAUACUUUAAGAAAAAUCAAACAAAUACAUCUGCUCUUGACGUAGAAGAAUUUUUGUUUAAAGAUAUUCCUUCUUUUUUCCAGUACUUGAAAUUAUACGUGAAAGACUUUGAAGCUAACUUGGGUUUCAGGUCAGUGUUCAUUGAAAGAAAUGAUUACAUCAAUCGCGAUUUUGAAACAAUUCAUGAUUUUAUUUCUGGUGACAUGAGAAAGAUAUCGUAUUUAUUUAAGGAGCUGAAAGUGCUAUUCGCUAAAGAGAAUAGUUCAACACACAGUGAUGACCGUUCCUCGACUUCUUCAGUAAGAUUCACGUUCGAUUCUCUUGCUUCGGACGAUAUGGGGUUAGGUAGUGUGACAGCGGAACAGAGUGACUCCGAACCCAGCUCAUGGUCCCUAGCACUAGAUUUAUCGGACUUCAAUACUGAUCUAUUUUCUGAGACUCAAAAAGAUAAUUUCAAACUAAUAUCCAAACCAGUCUUCAAACUACCAUCCUUUAAAAUGUUCGUCUGUCCAGAUCACGAAGAGAAGCGAAUUAAGACUUCAAUUCAUGUGUCUAAUGUCGAUUUAUUAUUUUCAUUAAUGACAACAUUUCAAUUCGUUUCAUCCAUAUACAACUUGAAGAUGGUUUUCAAAACUGAUUUGUACGGCUCCACUAAAGAAUGCCUUGUUUCCAAGCACAUUCAGACAAUCAAACAACUAAAAAAGCAUAGCCUAAUAUCCUAUGAUAAACAUGCGUUAUUACAGCUCAUCGAAUUGGAAUGUAGUUUUGACAGUAUAAAUAGCACCAUGCUUUUGCCGAAUGGUGUCCGUACUAAACUUGAACUUGUAAACCCAUCGUUUGCAUUCACAUGUCCACAUUUAAUCAAAAUGGAGGGUCAUUAUGCGAGACUAAUGGUCGAGUCUCCUAUACUUAAAAAUACUUGGAUGAGAAUGGUCAGUAUUGUUAAUUUUACAAUAGCAGUCGAUGUCCCUAUCAUGCUUGAAAAGGGAGAUAAAGCUGGCAUCACAUUAUCUAAUGAAACGUGGCAAUGGGCAAUACCUCACCGGUUCGAAAUGUAUAAGCUUUUUGACAAUAUUAGCACCACGUUCAAAAGUAUCAAGCAGAUGCUUCACUCUUUGGCAUCAGAAUCUAAUGAGUCUGUAAUAUAUCCAAAGGUUACUAAGUUUAUUGCUAUUCCAAAAAUUAAAGUCAAAUCUUCUAGAUGGAUCUUCAGUGUUGAAGACGAUCCAUUUGAGUCUGAACUCAAUUUAUUACUACAAAUUGGCUUGAGAGAGCAGAAGGAAAGGCUAGAGAAGUACAAUAUCUUUAGGAAGCGCGUGGAAAUGGAAUUAAAGAAACCGCAAGUCAAAAAUCUUCGGAAGUCAGCAUCUUUUACGAGCAAGAAUACCGUUCCAAGUAAAAGACUUCUUAGAUCGCAUUCAACUUCUUCACUUCACAUGAUAGGCUUUGACAGUUAUGAUUUCGAUGGAGCUGAUGGUAUGACGGAGCAACUCAAAGAAGAGUACGAACGUCUCACAAGACAUAUCUCGAAAUCAUGGAUAACAAGGGUAAAAAAACAACGUAAUCUACUCAAAAAUCACUUCUCAGAAAACUUUGAAUUCCUUUGGGGAAAAUUGGAUAUCACCAAAUUACCCAAAGAUUUCAAUAAGAACGUUUUAGACUUUACUUCUUCUCCAGCUUUGAUGAACUUAAUUUUUGAAGAUAUUGAUAUUGAUCUAAGUAAACCUUCUUUUGGCGUAGAAAACAUUCCAGAUUUUAUUCAUGAUGUUGGAAAGAAAGUUCCAAAAGACACAAAGUAUUCGAUAAUGAUACCUUUGAAUUUGAAUGCCAAUUUUUCUGAAAUUCGUUGUCAUUUGAAAGACUAUCCACUUCCAGCAGUUCACUUUCCUAAAGAGAAUGCCGACACAAAGAAACCUACCACCAACCUGAAGUGUGAUCUCUUGAUCACCGAAGAUAUGAUUCACUCCGAUAAAGAAUUAAGAACAAUUUAUGUUCCACUUGUGCCAUCAGCUCACUUAGAAGAUUCUGAAUCUUUAUAUUCACUUUUAAUACCUAGGACGUUGACAGCGAUAAAACUGUUCACAGACAUUCAACUCGAUAUAACAUCUUCAGAUAACGUUCGUUUUGUAUGGGGUGGUUCAUAUUCGGGGGCAAUCCAGCAGACUAUGAAAUGCUUCGAUAACUUUUCUAAACCGCCAAUCGAUCCAUCUCCAGCAGUUGGUUUUUGGGACAAGAUCAGAAAUAUUUUCCACGCUAGAAUCUCUAUUAACUUACCUAAUUCCUGCUUUGAAGUUGCCUUAAAAGGUGAUAAAAAUCCAUAUAAAAUUGGGGGAAUGUCAGCUGGUUAUGCUUUGAUAUUCAAGGACAAUGUAAAAAUAUUUUGCAAUAAGAAUGAUAACCCACAGAAAUUCCUGACAGUCACAGCUUCAGAGCUCUCAUUUUCUAUUCCCAACUUUUUUGCAAAACCACUUCCGGUCUGGAACGUGCCCUCUGAACAGUCAUUGUUCUUUCCAGUGGAGGAAUUUUCUAAUCUUCAGGAGAAUGCUGCUUUCUAUUAUCUUUUAGAAUCAGCAAAAAUGCCGAAAGAUAAGAAGGACAUUGAAAUCAUGAGUAAAGCUUACAUAGAGAAGACAGCAAUAAUGCUAACGGGCGGAAUGCAAUUCAAUGUCGGUAUUAUGUUUGAAAGACAAAACAAAGAAACAAACAAAAGAACUUUUGAACUCAAACCUCAUUAUGAAUUCAGGCUAUGCAACCCAAUAUAUGUUCCAAAAUCAGAGGAUCAUGACUCUUAUGCAGGUUUCAGAAGUGACUUUAUCCAUUUAUCAUUUGACUUGAUUUCCAAAUCGGAGGAUGCCUACAACUGCAUGCAGUUAACUCCAAAUGCUUUCAAGAUAUUUUUCAAAUGGUGGAGUACAUUUUCUGGCAAUCUUCCAGUCCGUAAAGGUCCCUUGUUUUCUGACGAGCGCUUCUCACCAAAAUUUGGUACUCAUCUCUACACUAUCUCGUAUCGUGCAGACGUGUAUCCAUUGUUUAUAUGUCACAUGGUGCCGGGACUCGAUCCAAAAGCACUAGUAGACUCAUCAGUUAAUGCCGAAGUAUUUGGUUUGAAAGCCAAAAUGUCUGAGUUUUCUAUGGAUUUACAUCAGAGAAAAGAGAUAUUUCACGAGUACAAGAAACAACUCCAAGUCACAAAACGGAGGGCUAGUUUGAAGUUCUUCGAAGCUGAUGUGACAACUACUGAUAUCGACAUACGAACUGUUUUUGCUAGUUUCUCAAAGGCUGAAUAUGCUAAAACGCACUCGCCAGAUAUUUGCAUUUUUGAUGAAGAUAUGACAUGGUUUGACGUAGAUGAUUUUACAGAGUUUAAUAUUUCUAAUCCUGGCACCUUAAUUCCAACAGUGGUUGUGAAACCUUUGCUAUUUUCUCCAAUGUUUGCAUACAAAAAAAUCGCACCAUAUGGAGAUAAGUACCAGGUGGAUUUUGAAACUUUUGAGCCGAUUGAACCAUUCAAUAAUGCUAGGUAUCACGACUGUAACUUGCGCAAAUACGUUGCUAUCCCAGAUCAUUUAAUUAAUGACAGACACAGGAUUUUUGCCGAGGAAAAAUCGAAAUUAGAGGAAAAGGUUAAUGACGGCAAUUGCACUGAUAAUGAGAAAAUCGAGUUACAGGAACGUUUAGAGAUGAUUGAGAAGACAAUUGCUCAACUUGAGCUGAUGAAAACAGACAUAAAUUUCUUAAACUCCGAAUAUGAGCGGGCAGACAGAGAAUCUGAUGUUCCGGACACUUCUGCUGAAAAACUAAACCUUCCAAUUCUGAACUUUAUGAAGUCUUCUCACAACUCAAACAAAAAUUAUGCCAAUAAAUUCAUCGUUGUUAGUAUGCUUUUAAAAUGGAAUGAAGAGGUAAGAAAUGUCUUCUUGAAAUAUAUGCAUAGAGUAUCCUUACUCUCUGAUAUGAACAGUGUGACUAAAUUGAAAACUUUGCAAACACUUGACAGCCUCAUCAAUAAGAACAGACAGUCAAUAAAUACUAUUGCGGAGGAGUCAGAAGAUAGUCGAGAUAGGUUAGAAUCUGACAAUGAGCAGGUUUUUAAGAGUAUUUUCCAUGAAGACAAAGAACCUGAAGAAAUUGUCUCCUCAUUUCAGAACGAUAUUAAAAUGUUAGCCGGAGAUUUCGAUUAUAAGACAUUUGAAAAACAUCAUGUCCAGUUGAUAGCCCCACAAAUUCAACUAACUACGAUUACUGAUCCCGAUGCAUGUAUUUUAGUCACUGCUCCUACUAUCAAAAUAAAUUCCUUAUGCUUCGACUCUAACACCAGUGGAAACGAAUAUCAGCAGAAUCUUUUCAUGAGAAGGACCGGUGUGCUACUGACUAAUUCCAACGUGUUCGUAUUCCAUAAAAAAGAACAAGGUUCUUAUGGACACCUCUUAUUUGAUAAUUUCUUGUAUGGAUCUACUCUCGAAACAUCAUGGAGGCCUUGGUUAGGAUUGGAGUUGUGCUUUAACCCAGAAAAUUUGACGGAGAAUAUGCUUAUAUCAAAUUUCACCUCAGUAUUUACCUAUGAUCAGGUCCUUCCAUUUGCAAAUAUACCCGACAGUCUGAAGGAUUCAAAUGUACUCAACAACAGAAUAUCUUGCGAUUUUCCUAGGAUUGUAAUUGAAUCUAAUUCCGCUCGAUACAUUUCACUCUUCAAUUUGGUAACAAAUCUUCUUUUAUAUGUCGAGCCAGAAAGCGCAAAAAUGAAAGAUGAUAUCAAAAAGUUAGUUUUGAGUUUCAAUUUCGAAGACUUAUCAAUCGUCAAGGAAAUGAUUUCUGUUCUUGAGAAAGAGAUCGAUGCUUUGAACACGUUAGAGAAUGAGUAUUCUUAUCGAAAGUAUCUUUUGGAUGAUGCCGAAAUUUCCGAUUUGAACAACAUUCGGUAUAACAAGUUCGACUCAAUUAUGAAAACGCACAUGAUAAUGAAGGUAUUGACAUCUGCGUCUCCAGAACAGUCAAAUGAUGAAGAAAUGCUACUCAUUGUUCUGAAAGCCAAAGAAAUCAUUUUGCACAUGUUAGAUGAUGAUGGAGAUAAUUUCCUUGAUGUUGCCGUCGCUGAUAUGGCUUUCCAAAGAAUGGAGACAUCAUCAGGCUACAACUUCAAUCGAAUGACCGUAGGAAUUGGGCAAGUGAUAAAUUUAUCUCAUGACGCUCUCUUCCAUGAUCUUUUAAGCCCUGUAGAAAAGGAAUUAACUGAAAGCUCAGAACCGUUCAUUGACUUACAAUGGGAAAAGAAUAAGGCAGUAGGCGGGAUUCAAGUGGUUAAAAACGUUGUCACGAAUUUACAAACCCUGAAACUCAAUGUAGAACAAUCCACGAUUGAAAAAAUAAUAGCUUGGGUAUCUCCAUCUUCAGUUUCGCUUUUGAUUGGUGGUUCUAACAACUCAGAUUCAACAAGUGACGAAGAUGACGGGUUACAAAGUACGCUUUCAUCUUCCAAUACGUCAAUGCAUUCCUCGACUGCAAACGGCAUACAGUCACAACAAUAUUCUAUUAUGCAGUCACCUACUGAAUUGAUUUUCCCGGUCGAUGAUAUGCUUGGAAACGAUAUGGAAAUGGAAGAAAUGAUUCAAAGAUCCAAAGAUAAUAUGAUUAUCGAGAACAUUAAAAUUAAUUCAUUCCUGAUGAUAAUCAGUUACCAAGGAACUGGUGCUAAAAGAUUAAUCAACGUUACUGAUUUCAACUUGAAUUUCCCCCUCAUCAGAUUUACUAACCAAACAAUGACAAUGCUUGAUUUGAUGAUGCAUUUGAAGAAGGUCUUGAUAAAAUCACUUUUACGACAUACUGGUAAGUUUAUCGGUAACAAACUAAAAAAACAUAGAUCCGUAAAAAGACUAAGGGGCGCUGCGCGUUCCCCUUUAAAGCAAUUGAAUUACUAUACACACUACACUCCUGUUGAUGAACUUGAGGUAACAUCAACUGAAAGUCGUGGAACUAGUACUGCGGAUGGCUAG